AUGCCUACCCAGACACCUUCCGAAACCGCUCCCAGAGGAACAGAACCUCCGAAGCCCAAAAGCACAGUCAGCUACACACCUGUUCCACAACAGGAUAUGAUCAUCGGCGAGCAAAAGCCAACUUUGGAUGAGUCCCUUCACCAUCUCGUCGCAGCUACAGAGGGAUUGCGCCGCUUUCCUCCUCAGUCUGCUGCUACCAGCCCUUCAUCUACUGACUCAUGGAACCACUACGAUACUGACCCCGACGAAGAUGAUAUAUCUGAUACUGACACAUGGCCAGGCAGAAAAAUAGAUAGCCACGUUGGCAUUCGCCAACUAACCCGCUGGCUAAACCACCACAAAACCUCCGAACUAGAUUUUUACUACAACUCAAUCAUCCAGCACAUUGAAUGCCAAGACAUCCAACUUGGCCUCGUUUAUGGAAUCAUAGCUUCUUCCGAUGGCUUGCCUGAUGAAGAGAAGUGGCCUCCAAAUUGGAACAAGCUUUAUCCUGUCAUGCAAUGGAUCACGAACCAUCUUGUUGCUGCCGUUCAGAGUGUUCCUGAGAGUUAG